GAUGCUUAAAGUUAAACUGGAAAAGGUUAAAAAGGCAAACUCUAAAUGGUGUAAAUUACUGAAAACUGACGAUGCUAGUAAUAUUUGUAGUAGUGAAUAUUGUGUAAAACUUGCUGGAUCAAUGCUAAAGCUUAUGAAUUUAAAUGAGAACCCUUGUACGAACUUUAAUUAUUUUUCAUGCGGUUUAUCUCCAUUUAACGGAGACUCUGUAAACAAUGUUCACGUUUACAAUGCUCUAAAGUUAGCCUUAAUUGAACAAGAGCUAAGCGAAAAUACAACUAUAUUUAAACAGCAACAGAGAUUUUUUCAUUCAUGUUUAAAAUAUUUUCGUAAAAAUGAAUCGAAUCAUUUGAAAGUGCUUUUAGACGAAAUAGGAGUUAAGUAUCUUACGUCAGAAAAAUGGGACACACUAAAUCUUAAAGAAGUCUUUCGAGAGACGCUAAUCAAACUUCAUCAGUUGAAAAUAUUCGUUUUCUUUAAACUAAAAUUGACUAAAGAUAGAAUAGAAGUUUAUAAAGACUAUUUAACACUAUCUAAUUCUUUUAAUGAAGAUAAUUCGAUUCCAUUGAGGAAUAUUGCGUCUCAUUUCUUUUAUUCUUUGUAUCCUUCUUUGAAUAGUGAACAUCGUUCAAAAAUAAUUAAUAGUAUAUUUAAUAUAGAGAAAGAACUAUUGAAAUUUUCUAAAUCAAACGAUAAAGAAACAGAAGAACCAUUAAGAUUAGAUGAUAUUGCAAAUAAAUUUAAUGGUCUUAUUGACUUUCAGAGAUUAAUUAAUAAUAUUUCACCGGAAAUUUACGAAUAUAUAGUCUUUAAAGAUUUUUAUAAAAUUGAUAAAUUAAUUGAACUAAUUGAGAAAACUCCUUUUGAAGAUUUACAUAAUUAUCUAAUUUUUAGGGCAAGUUUUGAACUUCGGCAUAUAAUUGACUUUCAACGAUCAUUCAAGGCUAAAUAUCAAACAAGAUGCCUUCACUUAACUGACCAAUACUUUCCGUAUCUUUUUAAAUACCUUUUCUAUAAAGAUACCGAACAAACUACGAUAAAAUUAGACAGAGAUACUAUAAAUGAUAUUUUCAAUAAGAUUAGAGGAGAGGUUGAGAAUGUCUUAGGAGCAAGAGUUGAAAGAUUUAGAUAUAUCAAUGUCGAAAUUGACUUUGAAACAGUAAAUUUAAUCGAGAGGCCAUUUAAAAAAAACUUAACCUUUAUUCAAAUGAUUAUUCAUUUAAGAGAACAGAGAUCAUUUGACAUGUCCUAUACAAAUAGUAGUCUUCAAGAAAAUGAUAUUCUAUUGGAUGAUUAUGAGAAGAAGGCAUUAUUAAUAUCACCUGAGGCUAUUGCUCAUUUUUCUCCCUUAAAUAAACUUCCGGUUUCUCUAAGAUAUGGCUAUCUAGGAACUUUAUUAGCACACCAUCUGAUACAAAGCGUCUUAAGAGAAAAUGAUUCUUUGUUUCCCGAAGAAAAACAAUGUGUUGUAGGGCAGUUUAAGUUUAACGAUAACUAUAAUAAAAACUUCAUCAGAGAAGCGUUAGCGUUUAGACUAGCUUUAAGAAUAUCUCAAACAGUUUAUGAAAGAGAAAUGGAAGAAAAUGGCAGUAUGAAUGAAGAGAGAGUCAUACCUGAUGAUCCUGAUGCUGAAAUAGCGAAACUUAGAGCUGUAUACCAGAAAUUGGUCGACAAGAACCAGGAACUAAGAAAACGAGAGUUCCAAGAAGAAGAUCGCUUAAAUGGAACGUCAUUGUCAGAUACCGAGAAUGUCUUAAAGAAUGAGAUUGACGUACCUCCUAGUAUGAUAAAGAUCGAUAACUUCCUUGAUCGCGAUCCAGAGAGAAUUGAUGAUGGAUUUAUUGACUCUCAUAAUCACUCUCCUAACAAAGAGCGAUCAAAUUUGGAAGUUAGUAACUCUAACAAUACCAUCUCAAAACAGAAGAAGUUAGUAACGGAAGCCCUGAGUCAGAGAGAAGGUUCAAAUUUUUGCUAUUUUUGUUACUUGAGUGAAUGGGAACAACCCUCUGGGUACCAACACGAAAUCCAGGAAGAUGAUAUGGAUGCCGAAAUCGUUGAUUGGCUGGAGGACGCUUUAGACGAAACAUACGGUUACAAUUCCGACGAUGAUCCUAUGGGAAUCAGCAUGGAUGUUAGAUCAUAUUUGAAAAAAUUACGACAAUCUUGUUCCUUACCUUCUGAUUUUCUAAAACAAUGUCUUGUUGGAGGGGAUGAAGUUGAAAAUGCUGGCAAAAAGAAAUCUAAAAAAGCUGCUGUUGCUGCUCUUACAAAAGAUGUAACAAAGAAAGGAGCAAAACAAUAUAGUGAGAUGCAAGAACUUGCUAGACAGCAAGAAGAGUAUUUAAGAAAAAGUCUUACAAGUAGUGAACUACGACAAAGCAUGACGUUUAAAAGUCCCGGAGGAACAGUACUCUCUCCUGGUUCUGAACGAUACCAAGAAAUGCAAGACAAAUUUCGUGAACAAGAAGAAUAUUAUAUUCUGAACUCAAGUGGAUCAACACCGAAUCGUUCGUCCAAUUUAAAUUUGGAAGAUUGCAACGAUGAAGAUAGUUAUACGAAAGAAUAUAUUGACGAAUCCAACAACAUGUCAAUUAUACCUAAUGGUAGUAGAGGACACAGAAAUUCAGAGGAUCUAAGUCGGAAAAAUGAAAAACAUGUUAAGCAAAGUUUAACGGACUUUGAAAUUCGGGAAAAAGUAAGAGUUAAGCCACCGUCACCACCAUCGACAGGUGAAUCAUUAUCCCCACCACCUUCCGAUUAUACUACUUCAGAUAUUCCUACAAACAAACCAAAACUUUCCGUGAAACCUCGAACCAGAAAAGGAACUUAUGGUAUUCCAGUGAAACCAAGUUCGAUUCCAUCCGUUGAAAAUCUUUCAGACGAAAGUCAACAAGAUCAUUCGAAUUCACAAGAUUCCCUUAACUCGAACUCCAGUUCAAAUAGAAGUCUUGAACGAGAUAAACAUCGAAGUUCAUUACCAAACCUUAAACAAAGCGCUCAACCCAGUCGUUUAGGAGCAAUAAGACCUAGAGGAAUUCCGAAACCCUCUAGCGCAUCCUCUCUGUCUAAAAUACCUUCUGGUAAUGCCAGUCGUCUCGCUAGGCCUAGUAAAUAUGGAUAUGUUAACUCUUCUAAGCAAACUAAUGAUGAUACUUGGAAUGACGGUUGCUAUUAA